AUGGCUGCAGUAAACAGCAUAAGGCUCCUUGGAGAGCAAUUCAGUGAAGCUAGAAUAGUUGAGAAAGUCAUGUCCACUUUACCAGAGAGGUAUGAAGCCAAAAUUUCAUCCCUCGAAGACUCAAGGGACUUGACAACUAUCUCCUUAACUGAGCUAAUCAAUGCCUUGCCCAAGCCUGAUGCUGCUAGGAGCAGUGAUCAACCCUACAGACAUUGUAAAAGGGCUGGUCAUCCAGAAGAUAGAUGCUGGUUUAGACCAGAUGCAAAGCAAACCAAGGCAGAAUCAAUUUCAGUACGAAAGGCUGAAGCUCGAGUGGCUGAAGAAAUCAAUGAUCAAGAAGAACAGGUUUUUGCUGUGUCAUGUGCAGCAAACCAAAAGAAUGGUUCAAAGGGCUGGCUUCUAGACAGUGGCUGCACAAACCACAUGUCACCAAAUGCAACUAUCUUCAAGACCUUGGACAAAACAUGUAAAACUAAGGUGAAAAUUGGAAAUGGUCAGUUCAUAAAUGCUGAAAAAAGAGGAGAUGUGCUGAUUUGUACCCUUACAGGUAGCAAAAUCAUUUCAAAUGUACUUUUGGUACCUGAAAUUGAUAGGAACCUUCUCAGUAUAACUCAAUUACUUGAGAAAGGUUACUCAGUUGUGUUCAAGGAGAAAGAAUGCCAAAUUUUUUACCCGAGUGGAUCAAUCCUCAUAACAGUCACUAUGAAUGACAAAUAUUUUGAAGUAGACUAG